AGAUCCUUAGUAGGAUCCUCUCGGUUCUCGGUUCAGCAGUUCCGGCAACCCCUCCUUUGCCUCCUCCAUCUUUCCCAUUCAGCCUUUUGGUCGUCAUCACCUUUUUGCUUUAGGCUUGGGCUCUUGUAAAAGCACACAAUUCUUCAGCAGAACCCUUUUUGCUCAAAUACCUUUCACAGCAAACCAUUCUUGUUGACUCCUUCUCAAGCAACCCAACCAUGACAUCCAACCUAACGUUUGCACUCUCCGAACCUGUACCAGACACUCAUCAGCAAUUUCGACUCAGUGAUCAAGCCAUUGCUCCUCCGCCAACCUCCGCAACCAGAUGGCGCGCCCUUUCUCGUUCCGGGUCCAGAGUGGGUGCCGCCGAUGCAAGGUGGGGCAGCUCUCGGUUUACCAGCAAGCGUCCGUCCACCACUACUGAUGAGAUGAUGGAAAGCAGCAAGGUAUCCACAGUUCGAUCCAACCGAAACAGUUCCAUAUUUGCCAGUUUGACUUUGGGAGAUCUCAUGAAACAGAGCACAGGCGCCAGCAGCACAACUCUAUCGUGUGUCUCUGAUUUGACCAUGGACAGUGGGCUGCUGUCCUUUCAGUCAAGAUCCAGAGGCAGUUUUAGUAGGGAUGACUGCAUCAUUAUGGCAGCUGCUGCCAUCCAAUGUCCCCUUCGCCAGUCCCUCAAAAUGUCCUUUGACUCACACCAAUGUCGAGACUUGAGUCCGCCCCAAAGGCCAGAUCGAAAGUGCAGCUUGACAUCAACGACCAGUUCCCAUCGUCGUCUCCUGACUGUGAAUGCCAGACCUGAUCAAUGCCCCAAGUUCCCCUGUCGAGCAUCGAGCCAAAACAGCUUGACGGACACAACGGUGGAGAACUAGCUGGCAUGGUUACUUGAUUCCUCGGCUAGCUAUGGUAGUUGGUUUAACGAUAAAUACAUAUCUUAGACGGUAACAAAUUCAUAUUAGAACCAAGUUUGUGACUA